CCACAACUACCUGUAUUUGGUGAAGGACUAUAUGUUGUAAAAAUCUUCCAAACUGUUAUUUUUCUCAGUUUUGGGGGCUCUUUGGGUGGGUCCACUCCGUGUCUGAGGCAAAUGUGAAGACCCUUCUCUCCGUGUUCUGGAGAACCAGUUCCGGUUCGGAAGGUUUGGACAGCUGUUUAACAGAAUUUGGGUCUGUGGUUGGAGGUUUUACUGCAAAAACAAGUUAGCUGAACAGCUAAUCCUGAAAGUCCCGGGCGGGUUUAAAGAGUCCCCGCGGGGAGCAAACAGACCGUCGGAGGUGAACUUUAUCCGGGAACCGAACCUAAUCCUUCGUGUUUAAAUAUUUUACUUCGGUUCGGUGUUUUUCCGCUUCUACUGAGCAGCAGCUGGAUCGGUUCUGAGGGAAUAAAUGUCGCUCCAGUCCGCAUCCCCGUUCAGAUCCGGACGGUUUUUGCGGUGGAAAAUGCGGUAAAGCGGGCGAAGCUCCGGCUUUGUGUCCGCUGACGCGGCGGCUCUGACUCUGCUGCUUCUGCGGCCUGCAGGUCGGGCUUCCACCGGGCUACAGUACAGCCCCAACCCGCCGUAGGAGCGUCGGAGGGCGGCUUACCACGCCGCCACUUCUGGGCCUGCGCGUAGAGGGAUGGAACGGAUGGAAGUGGACCAAUGCGCAGGCGCAGGAGGCGGGGCACUACGUAGAUCAAACAGCGCCCCCAUGAUUACCAAUGUCAGUGACGGGAUGACCGUCUUCAGCCCCGUGUCCUCGGCUCGGUACCGGCGCAGCAGCGUGUCCAUCAACCCCUCGCAGGUCGUCCCCUUGUCUCCGUUCUCCCUGAGUGGGGACAGACUGGAUCACAAGAGGCCGGAGGAGAACAUGGAGACCAUGCUCCGAGGGAACGUCCACAGACUCAGUGCUUCCAGUCUUGUUCCAGCGUCUCCAGGCAACCUGUGGCAGGACCACGCCUCCACGUGGUUUCCGAAUCAGGACAGCGGCGUCACGCCCAACUCAUCGCCCAGCCCGACCCGGAGAUUCAGACCCGCCGGCGCAGUCAGACCCGCCGGCGCCAUAAGAUGGCCGCUGCUGACGCCCCUGAAGAGGAAAGGUGGUGUUGAUUCGGACGGGCCACCGAAGAAGCUGUUUGUUGCCGGGGUAAUGGACCCCGCCCACCGCGGCAGCAGCUAUACCGUCAGUGUCUCCCAGGCAACCGUGGACGCUCCGCCUGUAGGGGGCGUUGGCCCCCAGCCCCGCCCACUGACCCUGUCCCCACCCCCUGCCUUCUCCCCUCACCAGCACCCCUAGAGCCCCGAACCCAACGCAUCGCCACCACCUGGUAUCUGUCCAUAAGCCCCGCCCCUUUCUGCAGACCUGCUGGCCACUCCACCACCUGCCUGGGGACGGAGGACAGGGGUCAGGGGUCACGCUGGACGUGUCCCCUGGAGGAGAUACGUCUCCAUUGACCCGGAACAAGUCCGCUCCUGAUUUUUGACCUGGAAUGACCCAGAGCACCGUCUGGAGGAACCGGACCAGAACUCACAGGUUCUGAUAGUCACGACUCCGACUCAGCUUCAGAGCUGUUCUGGGUCACUACCCGGUCAGUACCGGACUCUGCGUUAAUCAUACAUCUUGGAGAGGAAAUGGUUCUGGUUCUGCGUCGUCCAGUUUCCAUGGUGACAUUCUGCUCAGUCCCGUUCUGGUCCAACCCAGACAGUUCUGUUCAGCUCUCUGAUGAACCAGACGUUGACUAGGCCGUUCUGUCUGUGUCCUGGUCCUGGUUCUGUUGCUGACCCGGUCCGGUGCUAAUGACCACACCACCGAACUUCACAGGGUUUGGUUCUGUCCGCUCUGACUUUUGGCCUUGGACUGGACCUGCUGGGACGUCUUCCACUUUGGACUCCAGGUGACCUUUGACCCCACCCAGGCUGCUGGAGCUGGACUUCCUGUUCCCAUGACAACGAGGAUGUCUGGUGGAACCUCGCCGCUCAGAACCAGAACCGGUUCUGAUCUCCCUCAAUUAAACCCAGAACACCCGACACCAUGCGAUAUUUGCACAUCAUCAUCAUGAUCAUCAUCAUCGUCAUCCUGAUGAUUUAUGAGCUGCAGCGGCCAGCAGGUGGCGCCGCUGGUUACCUGACCCGAUCAGGUUCUGACUGUACAGAACCAGGUCCAGUUCUUCUUCUGCUUCCAGCUUCUGCACUUUGACAUUUGUACAGUUUUCUACUUCAUCCAUCGCUGUGCCUGACCCGGUCCGGUUCUGUGGACCGGACCUCCAUUUCUCUCUUUAUUUUCCUGUGAAGAUCAGAACCAAGCCGGAGCAGCAGAACCGUUUUGAUCCUGCUUUUGCUGCUUGAUUCUAGUUCUGAUUUAUUUCUGGUUCUGUUUCCGUCUCAGAGUCCAAUCCGCUUUAGAGAACACAGUUCUGAUUAGCUGGUCGGGUUCUGGAGUGGAACUGAAUCAACCUGUAGCUUUAACUGGACUUUCUGUGGUUUUCUCUUAUUUGCACAUUUCCCCUCCAUCCUGGUUCUGAUGGACCCAUUAAGAAGAACUGGUUCUGUAGCUGGAUCCAAGUGGGACGCAGGAGAAAUGGACCAGAACUUCUGCUUCACAGAAGCUUUCUAAGCCAAAAAUAGUCGAAGUGGGAUUCUGGAGAGUCCUGACCCGAUUUCAGGUUCUGUUUCCACACUGAGGCCUGAUUGGACCCUGCUGGUUUCAGUUGGAUCAGAACCGCUGUAGCAAAGACAGAAGAACCCGAUUCAGUAUUAAGUUUGACUCUGGGAGACCAAAGUGUUCAGAUGUUCCCUGAUCAGAACCAGACCGGAUUCAUCAGAUCCGGUUUAAUUCGGCUGGUUCUGAUACUCCGGUUCAGAAGGGUUAGGGUAGAACCAUGGAGAACCUGGAGGAAUCCCGGCAGAAUUCUCUUGAACCAGUUUGAAUUGUUGAAGUGAGUUCUGGUUCUGGUCCGGUCCGGGUUUGAAGCGGGGAGACAAAGGGAACUAAAAGCACAUCAGUCCUGAUUUCACUGUAAAUAUUUCUGCUUUUCUUUGAGCUCAGAGGAGACAACAUAUUUUUCUGAUCCAUUCCCGGCCCGGUUCCGCUGUGGAGAACCGACCCGAUAAAUAUCAUGAUAUAUAUUGUUUAUAAAAGCUGCCAGUGAAAUAAAAUCUGUUCCAUCAAACAGA